AUGUCAAAAUUUGUGCUGGCUGGCAAAGCUGAUUGCCCUCAUUAUGCCAAAGCGGAACUUUUAGCAGACGCUCUUCAAGGGUCUCUGCCAAACUUCAGGGUCCACAAGGUCUCCAUCCUGCCAGAUGCCUGGAAGGAAUGGCUGGAGGCCACCUGCCGAAGAAAUGGCUGGAAGCAUGAGCGCUCUCCUUUGGUUUGGAGGGAACUGGUGGAACAAGGGGGCAAUGGGAUACUUUUAGGAGGCUUCAGUGAGUUCCUAGAGCACUGUCAGGAUUACUACGGCAUCACAUCAGACAUGUCCACAGAGAUGAUGCUGAAAAUUGCAGCAGAGAAUCUGGAAACUCAGAUGAGCCUUGUUGCGGAAGAGCUGAAUCCGUUCAGUCAACCGCUUAACAUAUGGAUCACUGGGGUUCUCAGCCCAACAUGUCACAUCUUGAUACCCCAUCUCCUCUCUACUGAGGUUGUUAAAGCUCAUGUUAUCAACCUCCACCUUCUCGAAUUCAAAGGGAAUGAGGAGGAACUGCAGGGGUUAGGUCAGGAAACUAGAAACAUGGCACUCGGCGUGCUCUAUCAGGUGACUGUUGACACAAAUCUUGAGGAAGCUUUCAAAGCAGCAGAUGUCAUCAUCCUGUUGGAUGAUAUUAAUACUGAUGGAGAGAAUGAGAGUGAUGAGGAAAAGAACGAGAGAGUAAAGGAAAUCUCAGAGCGUUAUAAAGAGUAUGGACGACUAAUUGACACACGAGCCCACAAGCACGUGAAGGUGAUUGUGUCUGGUGACACAUUUGUCAACCUGAGAUGCUCCCUUCUUGCCGACAAUGCCCGCUCCAUCGACAGCCACCAGUUUGUCGCCUUGGCAACACAGUUGGAAAAUGAAGCCAGGGCUGUAGUUGCAAAGGAGCUGAAAGUGAGGUCCUCAGAUGUCACAGAGGUCAUUGUGUGGGGAAACAUAAGUGGGAUUUUCUACAUUGACCUGCAGAGGGCAAAGGUCUAUAACUAUAAUGGGCCAAUCAAAGGACCAGCUUUCUUCUCUCUACCAGUUCUCCAGAUUUUUCAGGACAGGAAUUGGUUGGAAACAGAUUUUCAGUACCUGGUUCGCUGCCAGCGUGCAGCUGUGGCCUCAAAGACCGGCCGAGCGGGUGCCGCAUCUGCCGCCAAUGGGAUUCUCAGAGUCCUGAAGGCUUGGCAUGGAGCUGGCGACUCAGAUGAGGUCCUGUCCCUGGGAGUACUUUGCCCAGGUUUGUAUAAUCUCCAAGAGGGCCUUGUUUUCUCAGUUCCAGUUACAUUUAAAGAUGGUAAAUGGUCCGAGGUGUUUGAUGUGACUGUUGGAGACAAGCUGAAGGAGAUACUUGAGCUUUGUGCAAAGGAACUGCAGCGAGUAGGUCCCAAUGUAAAAGAAAAAUGAAAAUCACAUCCAGUCAAAAUACCCUAAAGCCUAAGUUAUUUAGUGGAUUAUGUUUUUAAAGUGUGGAUACUAACAGAUUGGUUUUCUUUCCCAGGAAAAAGAGCUUGGAUUAGAAAGCUGCAGUGCUGUCACGACCAAAGACGUUUGACAUACACUGAAAACUAAGAACACAAUGAACCGGCGGUCAGAUCAUUUGCA